AGUUAAUCAUUUUGGCUAUAAUUAGGAUAUUUGAAUUUCUUACUCUUUUUGUACCACAAAAAAAGCUAUUUUAAGCAGGAAGAGAGAAAUGGAUAUCUUAUUUUAAUUUCAGCUGGAAGUCGCUGCAGUUUCAGAGUAUCGCAAUGUAAUCAAAGCGCAGUAUGCUCACGUGCUUUUCGCGCUCUUUCCGUUCAAAUACGUAGCGCCCACGCCAGCUGUUGCUGGAUGCUGCGGAUCGUUGUUUGUUUACAUCAAUUUCCAGCGACCUUUACGGCUUCAUCUCGAGCUUCAACAACUCUAGAAUUCGUUUAACAAGUCUAAUAUAUUCUUAAGAAAGCGCUACAAGAACCGAGCGAGCAAAAAAGGAGGGAAACAUAAUUUCGUGAGCAAUCUAGUCAAGCAUUUCGUCCUCGGACAUGGAAGACGACGAGGACAGUGAUGAAGGCCCUCUGCACUGGGUGGACUGCAACGAGACCGACGACGACAUCGAGAGGAUGUUGGAGCGGCUGGCACGCAACCCUUCCUGCCUGAACGUGCACCACCCUGCCAACAGCAACGGCACCCCCCUGUUCAGGGCAGUUUCCUACGGACACCACUCGUGCGUGGACCACCUUCUCAAGGCCGGCGCCGAUCCGAACCUCGACUCGCCCACGGCGCCGGUGCACAUCAGCGUCUUCGGCGACUCGCUCGCAAUCACGGAAAUGCUCCUCAAAAAUGGCGCUUUGGCAAACGCUAUCGCCUACGCGAACAAGUGCACGUUCAUGCUCAGCGCGUGCAGAAUGAGGGCUUUCGAAACGGCGAAACUGCUGCUCGACCACGGAGCCAUCACUGAAGACUUUGACUACUUGAGGUCUUUGCAGCCUCUUGAUUCACGGUUGCAGCCGGAAGAGGAAGGCUACAUGUACUCGUUCAUGCUGGCGACGCCGUUGGCCAUCGCGGCUCUCGAAGGCCACCACGAAAUGUUCCGGAUGCUGCUGCUGAGGGGCGCAACUCCCAUGAUCAGCGCCGCGCACCACGGCGUGUGUCAGGCCGUGCAAGAUGCGCACUGCGUGCCGCGCCUCGUCGCCCACGAGAUGGUCGGCAGCGCCGAGCAGAAGUGCAGAAUGCUGCACACCUUCCACGAGUUUGGCGGAAACCCCAUGCAGCGGCUGCGCAACAAAAACCACGCCUACACCAAAAGCGAGGCCAGUAAUGAAGUUAUUCAUAAAUUGGCAAAGCAGUUGGCGUGCAGUGUGAGACCUUUGAGGUCCAUUUGCAGACUGGUCAUCUUCAGUGCCAUCGGCAGAGACUACGAAAACAAAGUGCAAAAACUGAAUGGAAUGGUUCCACAUCCACUUCUUCGUUUUCUGAAGUUUGAAGGUUAAAUAUGUAUGGACUAAUACUUUUCAAAUAUAGCAGAAGAUGCAAAAUUGUAUAGUAAAUGACACAAUCGUGUAUUUUUCCGAUUUUGUUAUUUCUUUUAGAGUGUGACGAAACGUUUCCCUACUGAUUCAGAAAAAAAGCUAAUUUGGAUCUAUUUUUCAUUCCACAAUGAUACAUUAUUAUCAUAAUCGUGUGAAAUAAAAAAAUGCGUAAAAAGAUACAAAAA